AUGUUACCGGAGACUUGUUAUGCUGAGGAUGAUCCAGAGGCUCUUUCCUGCCCAGAGUACCAGGAGGGCUUCGACGGCUCCUGCUAUGAGUUUGUGGGUCUUCAGCGAUCCUUCCUCAGUGCCCAGGGAUGGUGUGAACGAGGCGGAGGACACCUGGCCUUCAUCCUGAACGAUGAAAUGCAGCAGUUCCUUCAGAAGCACCUGGAGACGGAGAAGGACUGGUGGCUUGGGCUGGCACCUGCCGCUCCAAACCUCACACUCGACUCUGAGGGUUCCCUUGCAUGGCUGGAUGGCUCAGAUGUCAGCUAUAAUAACUGGGUGAACAUGCCAGAUGAACAAGCAGCCUGUGGACAUAUCCUGAGACAGUCAGGCUUCCAGUGGGAAGCCACAGAGAACUGUAGCCAGGAGCUCAACUUCAUCUGCCAGUUUGAUUCUGGGAAAUCUAUUGCAUGUGAUGGCCAAAAUGCCACAUUACAGUGUGGUUCUGGUCAGGUUAUAGAGAUAGACGACAGCUUCUAUGGUCGGAAAACAAUUCACUACUGCCGAUCCAAACUUACAGCCUCACCUGCAUCUUCCCAGGAGGAGUGCAGCUGGAUAGAUGUGGUAGAUUCUGUGACAGACCAUUGCCGUGGACUGCAGGCUUGCCAGGCUCCAGUGGAUCUGAGCUCUUUUGGUGAACCCUGUCCUGUGCUGGGAAGUUACCUGUCAGUGGAGUACCACUGCAAACAUGGACUCCACUUAUUGAUGACUAAACUGGCAGCCGUCUUUGAUAAUGUCACCAUCACUGUGAAGUGGCUCCUUCAUCCGUUUGAAGGAAACCUCACAUGCACACUGAAUGCUGGAGAUGGCCACACUAUUGAUCCAUACAGCCCAGAGGAGACGGAGAGCACAGUGAUACACAAAUUCAAGCAUCCUGGUGUUUUCAUGGUUGGAGUGGAGUGCACUACCAGCGACUGGCAUGUUACAGCUCAGAAAGCAAUAACCAUUCAGGAGCCUGUUGGAGAAUUUGGUGUCAUCAAGUGCUAUAGCAGGAACAUAUCAGCAGGUGGCACUAAAUGCAAUGUGUAUUAUGGCAGGCCUGUUCAAAUUCAGGUUAUGGUGGAGGCGGGUACAAAUGUUACUUACACAAUUCAACAUGAAGACCGUUUGGUUGCAAAGUCAUCAGUGGACAGAGGCAUCACACCCCACAACAUUACACUGAGUGCAAGUGCAGUGGAGCAGAUCGAACUUGGCUGCUACAACCUGACUCUUACUGCCUCUAACAGGGUCACAACCCACACAGUGUCCACCAAGCUGGAGCUGUGUCUGCUGGAGCCUGUCGAGGGACUGCAGGCCUCAGUGCAAACAGAGGAAGGCGAGUGUCCAGACUCCGCUGAUCUCAUUAUUAGUGUGUCACUGGAGCGAGGAGCCCCUGUGCAGCUUCUCUUCUCUCUGACUGGAGUCAAUGACACUCUCUCCGAGAUCAGAGACAUCCUCACCGGAAGCUUACAAGCUUAUACAUUCUCCAGCCCGAUUGAAGGACUUCUGAGAGUGAAAGUACAAGCCAUGAAUGCCCUCUCAGCCUCUGAUGUUGAUGUGGACUUGGAGAACAUACUCCAGGCUUGUCGUAAUUACUCUGACUUUUCAUCAGAAGAACACGGAAACACAACGGAUGAUAUGAGUGUUGAUGACUCUCAUGACUUGAGAAUCAAUGCUACUCCAGAAACUGUGGUUGACUACACUCAGAAUGUCACACUGACGGUAACAGGAAAUGAUUCAUUACCCAGCAAAGGACUCGCAUUUGAAUGGAAAUGUAAAGGAAAUUGCAAAUGCGGAGAAAAAACGAAGGAUGAAACUCACGUUAUUGACAAAGAUUGCCUCCCAAAUCCAUUUGAGAUAAUCGAAUACACUGUAACUGUGAGGAAAACAAGCUGGUUUAGGAAACGGGUUGACCUUGCUUCAGCUUCUAAGUGCAUCACUGUUGCUCCAAAGGAAUUCACAGAUGUCACCAUCAGCUGUGAUAAUUGCAGUUCAAUAAAUGUGAACAGCCACGUAAAGCUAAGACUGAGCUGUGUGACAACUUGUCCAGACAUAGUUUGGUAUAUCGAGGACCCCAAUCCUUUGACAGGCAACGUCCAAACCUGUUACGCCAGAGCAGGAAGAAGCCCACCUAUUGAGAAGCAGGAUGGCAACACUGAACUUAUUGUACAUAGCCACCUUCUGAAAGUUUCAAGAGACACAUUGCAAAACAUCAGUGUGAUUGCUUAUGGAAAGAACAAGACAGGUUUUGCCAAGUACACUCUGCCAAUACCGGGUCCAGAGCCAACAGAACUAGCAACAACUGAAACACCCGCAGACCACAGCGCCGCCUCAUGUAGCAUCUCUCCACUGUCAGGAACGGUGCUCGAUGCAUUUGACAUCACCUGCAAAGCAAGUCCUUUCUGCUCUACAGGCUGUCUUUAUUGCUUCAAAACAGACACUGGCAAACAUCUGCGCUGCAGCAGUGCAAAUGAGGUGAAAUCUGUCUUCCUGCCUCUUGGAGAUAAGAACAACAAUUACAGCUUGUCUGUUGUGGUGACUGUAAAAAAUGAGAACGAGAAGGCUACCACAACUGUCGCCACUCAGGUACGAAAAAGCAACUCCAGUACCUCUGUGGAGACUCUUCAGUCUGCAGUGAAGGAUACUGUGACUCAGUUAGAGAAGCAAGGUCUGCUCUCUGGUGAGGCACUUGGACAAAUAUUCACUUCAGUUUCUGAUAUGCUAAACACAGAGACCAGUGAGGAUCAGAAAGACGCAAGAACGAAGCUAAGAGAGCAGAUGUUGACCAAAAUGACUACAGUUCUGCUGGACUCCCCCAGCAACACAAGUCAGGAAGUGCAAGUGACAGCCAGAGCUGUGGCUGGACUCACCCAGCGCUCAGACGAGCUCAGUCCCUCUGCUCAAGAAGAAGCGGGUUCAUUGUUGGUAGACCUCAGCUCCUCCCUCAACACUAUCAGUGUCAAUCAGGAUGGUGGAGAUGAUGGAGAAGUUGCGCAAGCAGCUACACCAAUAGUUGAAGCAGCCAGUAACAUAUUAAAUGUUUCAUCAAAUAAAAAAGUCUCAGAUUUUCUUCUUACCGGGAUAAACAAUGUUCAGAGUGCUUUGCUGAAUAAUAAGAAACUGAAUGGAGACCCUGCCAUCAUUGAUUCUGGUCAGAUCAGUGUGUAUGUCAACAGAGUUUCCCCAGAAACCAUGUGGAUGCAGGAUAUAAAUGUCCAGAAGAACAGCUCAUCCAGGUUUUCCUUUCCUACUCUGCCUGCUGACGUCUUCUUUCCAGGGGAGCUGGUGGAUGUGAGAAUGAUGAGUUUUGAGAAGAAUCCAUAUUCUUGGACAGAGGAAAACAUCACAGGAACUGUAGGAUCUCUCUCUCUCACCAGAGCGAAUGGCACAGUCAUCCCUGUUGAGAACCUGCUCGAGGAGAUAGAGAUUCUCCUUCCAAGGCUUGACGUUGGGCAGGAGAACAGUACUGUCUUGGAUCUGGCCAAUUUCAGCACAUUAAUAAUUGACGUUCCCUCACCUGACGUAACACUGGUGCUGAAAAUGGAGCCCUCUGAAGACAUUUCCUUCAAGCUAUUCCUGGGAUACAAAUAUUAUCCAAGUGAUGAGAAUUUUGUAGCCACGACUCAGAUCCCUCUUGAGAAUGUGAAAGAAGAGGAAAAAUAUACCUGGGUCCUUGGUCCCAAAGAUAGAACAGCAGAUGUUGGAGUGCACUUCCUUGUUAUGAAGCCCGUUGUAGAGCCAGGCGUCAAAUCCAUCAACGCCACUGUCAACGUCAUUACCAUCGCUGCCCAAUGCAAAUACUGGAAUGAAACACAGUCUUCCUGGAGUGAAGAUGGGUGCAGGGUCGGUCCACUCACUACACCUUUGGUCACUCAGUGUCUCUGUAACCACUUAACCUUCUUUGGGAGCUCUUUCUUUGUCAUGCCAAACUUAGUGGAUGUGUCACGCACGGCUGAACUUUUUGCCACCUUUACUAACAAUCCUGUGGUGGUGUGUUUUGUGGGGGCCAUCUUUGCUGCUUAUCUCCUGGUGGUUGUGUGGGCACGCAGGAAAGACAUCCUGGACUCAGCUAAGGUUAAGAUAACAGUGCUUGAAGAUAAUGACCCUUUGGCUGAGUAUCGCUAUAUGCUGAAUAUUAGCACAGGGCAUCGGCAUGGUGCAUCCACCUCCUCUCAGGUGACGAUAACUCUGCUAGGCACAGAAGGAGAAAGUGAGCCGCACCACCUGACAGACUCUGAGAAGCCUGUGUUUGAGAGAGGAGGGGUGGACAUGUUUCUGCUCACCACACACUUUUCCCUUGGAGAGCUACAGAGCAUCAGGUUGUGGCACGACAACUCUGGAGCACACCCUGCAUGGUAUGUCAACAAAGUGAUGGUGCAGGAUCUGGAGAGUGGUCAGAAAUGGCACUUUCUGUGUAACUCCUGGCUGGCUGUAGAUGUGGGAGAGUGCUCUCUCGACAAAGUUUUCCCAGUAGCCACAGAGGAGGAUUUGAAGAGAUUUAGUAAUCUGUUCUUCAUGAAGACAGCCAAGGAUUUCCGUGACGGCCACAUCUGGUUCUCUGUCAUUAGUCGACCUCCCUGCAGCACUUUCACCCGUGUGCAGCGAGUGUCCUGCUGUUUUUCCCUGCUGCUCUGCACCAUGCUGACUAGCAUCAUGUUUUGGGGAAUCCCCACAGACCCCUCUGAGCAGACCAUGGACCUGGGUCAUAUCGAGUUCACGUGGCAACAGGUUAUGAUUGGAUUUCAAAGUUCAAUCAUCAUGUUUCCCAUCAAUCUCCUCAUUGUGAGUAUCUUCAGAAACACUCGUCCUCGAGAAAAAGCCGCCAAAGCAGACACGUCUAAGCAGGGAAAGACUGGCCGAGUCUCUCCCUCACAGACUUCUUCCCCUCAGAAAGAGCAAAAGGACAUCACACCAGACACUGUGAUCAAGGACAUAAAGAGAAUUGCCCAGUCACUGUCAAAGGCCAUGAAGAGUCCACUUCCUCAUCUGGAGCUGAGGCCUGGUCAGCAGGCUGAUAUCAACACGCUGCUGUCUCUGGUGGAAGACAUCAUCAGGCAGCAGAACCGAGUGGCUGGAGACUUCUACAAUGAUGCCUCCAAAAGGGAACGCUCUAUGAUCCUCAGUUUAGGUGCAGUCAAUCUACAAGAAAACAGUGUGUGGGGCAGCCCCGAGAGGACUUCAGACAGGGUUCAGAAGAAGAGCACCAACAGCAGGUAUCUGUAUAGGCAGCUGCGUCAUGUUGAGAAAGAGCUGGGUUUGCUUGGACCUUCACGUUUUCCAAACCCAGACAACUAUGACCGAGCCAUGCAGCAGGUUCAGGGAAUGAGGAGUCUGCUGGAGUACCACCUCCCCUCAUCCAGCCUGGAAGGAGACCCGCUCGAUCGCAGCCCCAGUCCAGAGGAGAGCAUCAACAGGGACACUACCAAGAAGUGCUGUCAGGGAGGGCUGCCAUGGUGGUUUGUCUUUGUUGGCUGGAUACUGGUGAUUGCAACCAGCGGUGUGUCAGGAUACUUCACCAUGAUGUAUGGGCUGACGUACGGGAAAGACCGUUCUAUAAGCUGGCUCAUCUCCAUGGUGGUCUCCUUCUUUGAGAGCCUGUUUAUCACUCAACCUCUGAAGGUUCUUGGUUUUGCUGCUUUCUUUGCUCUUGUUCUGAAGAAAGUUGACCAGGAGGAGUAUGGAGAGCCUCAGAUAGAUGAAAGUCUCAAAAACUCAGAUGAUAUUGAUACAGUGCGAGGAGCAAGAAGAGACAGCACAUGCAGUUUCUAUCAGCCACCACCCCCAACUGACAUAGAGAGGAUGAGGAACAACAUGAUUAAAGAGCAGAAAGUCUUCAUCCUCAUCAGGGAGAUUCUGACCUAUAUGGGAUUCAUGUGGAUGUUGCUCCUGGUGGCGUAUGGCCAGCGGGACCCAAACGCUUACUUCCUGACCCAGCACAUUCGGCAGAGCUUCAGCAAAGGGAUUUCAGACAGUAUGAGUAUUCAAGAUGUGUUCAACUGGGCAAACACAACUCUGCUGAGCAACCUGUUUGGAGAUUACCCAGGAUUCAUCACUGAUGGAAACUCAAAGUUAGUGGGUAACGCACGUCUUCGCCAGGUGAGGGUGCAGAAAAACUCUUGCGACACUGCUCCCUCCAUGCAGCAGUCUGUGCAGGACUGUCACGCUGCGUACUCGUGGGAGUUGGAGGACACGGGCUCCUAUGAUCCAGGCUGGAGCCCCUCUGUGGCGGAUAACACCUCACAGAGUCUUCACGGCCCGUGGACAUAUCAGUCCCAGGGUACACUGAGGGCCUACCCCAUCUGGGGCAAUGUGAUGCUCUACAGAGGAGGAGGGUUUGUGGUGGAUCUGGGGCCGGAUUUACAAAACUCCAGCAGAUCCCUUCAAUACCUUUAUGAAAACACCUGGCUUGACAUGUACACACAAGCGAUCUUUGUCGAGUUCACUGUGUACAACGCCAACGUCAACCUCUUCUGUAUUGUCACGCUCAUGCUGGAGACCACAGCCAUAGGAGCUUUCCAGUUUCGCAGUGAACUUCAAAGUGUGCGUCUUUACCAGUCAACUGGUGGCCUUCACAUCUUUGUCAUGGCCUCUGAAGCCAUCUACUUCCUCUUCAUUAUAUAUUACAUGUUUGUUCAGGGAAAGUUGAUGAAGAAGCAGAGAUGGACUUAUUUCAAGAGUAAGUGGAACCUGCUCGAGCUGGCGAUCAUCAUUCUCAGCUGGAGCGCGCUGUCUGUCUUCAUCAAGAGGACUUUACUGGGGAAGCGGGACAUGGAUUUCUACCAGAACAACAAACACCUAUAUGCUAGUUUCCAUGAGACAGCCAAAGCUGAUGCAGUUCUGGGGUAUCUGAUUGCCUUCCUGGUGCUGCUUGCUACAGUCAAACUGUGGCACCUGCUGAGACUCAACCCCAAGCUGCACAUGAUCACAGCAACACUGCAGCGAGCCUGGACUGAUAUCUCAGGCUUCCUGGUGGUCAUGACCAUCAUGUUCCUGGCCUACUCCAUUGCUUCUAACCUGAUGUAUGGGUGGAAGCUGUACUCCUAUCGGACUCUGCUUGAUGCUGCUCAGACCAUGAUCAGCCUGCAGCUGGGUAUCUUUAACUACGAAGAGGUUCUGAAUUACAGUCCAGUGCUGGGUGCCUUCCUCAUUGGCUCCUGCAUUGUGUUCAUGACCUUUGUGGUGCUGAACCUCUUCAUCUCUGUCAUCCUGGUGGCAUUCAGUCAAGAGCAGAUACAUCACAAGCCGUCAGAAGAGGAUGAAAUUGUGGACCUGAUGCUGAUGAAACUCUGCAGUUUGUUUGGACUCAAAUGUAAGAAACAAGGUGGCGACAGCCUAACUGAGAGGCCAGAUAUUUCAUCUGCUUCAAAUAAUGGACUCUCAACAAUUUCUUCAGGACAUCACAAGGGUUGAUAUAUUCCACUACAGUCAAACAAAAGAAAGAUAUUAUAAGACCUACAGUAUGCUUUGCUUCAGUUGUUGCUUGUCAUGGCUUGCUUAAUUUAUUCAUGCCACCAUGCUGUUGCUUUGUAACUGCAUAUUAGCCCUUGCAAGUCUAUAAAUUAUUAGCAUUUCUGGCUACUGCUGCAGAGCUGUCACUAUUGUAGGAGAAGGUGAAUCAAUCAGAGAAAGUAGGAACUGCGGAUAAUCUAUAUGUUAUGCACUGAGGCACUGUAUUAAGUCUGCUGCAUAUUUUGUUAAAUAAAUACAUUUGUGUGUCUGUGA